AAGUGUGAGGUGUUUGGACACAUUGCACGUCGCAAUGAUGGCGAAUCUGUGCGCGAAUCUGCGGGAAUAAUUUUGCAGUGAUGAUAAUGAUUGUGCGUUUUAUCGCGGUUGAUCGUGGGUGACAUCAAACUCGCGAGCAAAUCCGGCCUCCUCUCGUCUUAUGCUGAAUGACCCUUGAAUUUUCAUAAAUAAGCGAGAAUGGGUGUUGGCCUUAAACCAUUAGAGUUUACGGAUUGUUUAACCGACAGUCCGUACUUCCGUGAGAAUUUGCACUAUCACGAACGUGAAUUGGAAAAGACCAGUCAACAAAUUAAGCGGCUCGUUAAAGAGGUCAAAGAUUUAUUGUUAGCUGCUAAAAACUUGUCGAGAGCUCAGAGAGCUUUCUCCAAAACACUACAAAACUUUAGUUUUGAAUGUAUCGGGGAGAGCCAAACUGAGGAUGAAACUCAUAUAUCUCAAAGUCUAAAAGAAUUUGGUAAACUUAUUGCAUCCAUAGAAGAUGAAAGGGAUCGCAUGCUGGAACGAGCAUAUGAUCAGAUUAUAUUGCCUUUGGAGAAUUUUAGAAAAGUACAUAUCGGAGGAGUUAAGGAUGGUAAAAAGAAAUUUGAGAAGCAAACGAUUAAAUUUUGUCAAAGUCAAGAACGUUAUUUAAAUUUAUCCACUAAAAAACAGGACAAUGUGCUGCAAGAGGCUGAUGCAACAUUGGAGAUGGCUGAAAGACACUUCUCUCAAGCUAGUUUAGAAUAUGUAUUCUUGUUGCAAGAGGUUCAAGAGCGGAAAAAAUUUGAAUUUGUCGAAACGUUAUUGGGAUUUAUGUUUGGAUGGCUGACAUUCUAUCAUCAAGGCCAUGAAGUAGCGAAAGAUUUUAAACCUUAUAUGACAGAGCUACAACUAAAAAUUCAAAAGACUAGAGAGAAUUUCCUUGCUACCCGGGAUAAAACUGAAUCGCUUAUGAAUAAAAUGAAGGACAUGAAGAAGUCCACAGUAGAAAGUGGUCUCAACAAAUUGCACUCGCGUGAAGGCUAUUUAUUCCUAAUGGAAAGAAAAGCGUUUGGUACAACAUGGACAAAACAAUACUGCACAUAUCAAAAAGACAAGAAAGAGUUUACUAUGAUCCCUUACAAUCAACUCACGGGUAAAUUUAGCAGCAAAGAAACAUUUACGUUAGCAUCUUGCAUACGUCGUAUGUCAGACACUAUUGAAAAAAGAUUUUGUUUCGAUAUCACUGCCAUUGACAGACCUAAUGUAACAUAUACAUUUCAAGCGCUUUCCGAAGAGGAUAGAAAAUUGUGGAUGGAUGCCAUGGAUGGGAAGGAACCUACUUUUCCGCGAUUAGGUUCUUCCGUAAAAUCUGAGGAUAUGACAUUAGAUGAAAAUGGUUUUGCGUUUGUAUCCAAGUGUAUCGCGGCCCUCGAAGAUAGAGGACUCGAAGAACAAGGUUUAUAUAGAGUGGUCGGUGUGGCAUCUAAGGUAACCAAGCUCCUGACAAUGGGACUCGAUAAGAGGAAAGUAGAGAAGCUCAACUUGAACGAUCGUUUUGAAUGGGAGAGCAAAACUAUUACCAGCGCGCUCAAAACUUACCUGAGAACGUUGUCCGAGCCAUUAAUGACAUUUCGAUAUUACAACAGCUUCAUUACAGCUGCGAAGCAGGAGACGAAGGAAACUCGGAUAAAUGAUAUACACAACCUCGUCUAUCGACUACCUAAGACCAACUUCAAUAUGCUGAUUCUUCUUAUCACUCAUCUUUGCACUGUGGCGAAGAAAAGCGAUAAAAAUCUAAUGACUGUGGGAAACUUGGCAGUAUGUUUCGGUCCAACUUUGUUACGACCGGAAGAAGAAACAGUGGCUUCUAUAAUGGAUAUUAAAUUUUACAAUAUUGUUGUGGAGAUAUUGAUCGAAAAUUGUGAAAGAAUAAUAGCUGGGCCACCUCCAGAUUCAUCGCGAAUAACGGCAGUGCAAGCCGUAGUUCCAAAUAAAUCGCAAUGUGCUAAAAUGGAAGAAGGUCCGACUUCUUCGGGUAAUGGAACAGCGUUCUUAAGAUAUCCGUUACACACAGCGGUAGCUGUUACACCCGCCACAUCGUCGCACGCGCACCUUGUUACAAGAUCCUACUAUGAUGGCCAGCCUUUAACCGUUGUUAAUAAACCACCGCCCACCGUCGAUGAACGAAAUAACGGGGAUUACGAAGAUCUCGACAAUACGAGUCAUCGUAUACCAUCGUAUCUGGAUAGUCGUGGCGGUCGAAUAAAAUUGACUAACGCAAAUCUCAUGUAUCAUUCGGCCGACAAAGUUCUGAGCGGUGGCAAUACGAGUAGUUCGAGUGAAUCAAUCGCGUCGGACCCACAUCCAUUCACAGGCGAGUUACCGGUAAAACAAAAACGUGGCACUAUGAUAUCCGUACAUGGAUAUCCUACGGCUUACCCUCAGCGCAGUAACUCAUCGAUAUGUCCCAUUAAUACUUCACCGAAUAGUGGACGUUCGAGUCCCGGUCAAAUGCCAGGAAUUUGGAGAGUACGAACUUUGUACGCGUGUAUGGCGGAAAACGACGGCGAGUUAUCAUUUGAACCAAAUCAAAUUAUCACAAAUGUCAAGGCCUCUUUGGAGCCAGGUUGGCUAGAAGGUACGUUAAACGGCAAAACGGGCUUGGUGCCUAAAAAUUAUGUAGAACAACUACCUUAAAUAUUACGAAAAAAACCAAAGUGUUGAAGAUUCUUGUUAAAGAUUCUCCAUCAUAAACAUUGUUUUAAAUAUUACUUUUGGUAUUGCUGAAGGGAGCAAACCAAAGCUUGUGAAAGUUAUGCAACACGAUGUUUAAAAACACUCGAGUUGUGCUAAUUUUCUUUGGAUACACACACUGCUUAGUCAAUUAUAUAUACAUAUACUCGCGCGCGUAUAGUUAUUUAUUAGAAAAACCAUUUUGCUCUAUGUAUCUAAAUUGUAUAUAUAAUCACUUAUUAUGAGUGAUAUAUAUAUGUGCAUAAGGACCAUAUAUAUAGAAAUAUAAUAUAUCUGAUGUAUUUCAAUAUACAUUUAUAUAUUGAAAGAGUCUCAUGUAUAUGGAAAUUCCAUGGAGCUUGUAGGAAAUUUUAAAGGCAAUAACUAUUUGUUUAUACUAUUG